CAAAUUAUUUCCUAUCGUCUUCUUCACCGACACACCCAAUGGCCUUGCCAGCGGCCUCAGCUUCUGCAAAAUCACUUUUCAAAAAGCUGCUGCUCUUACAUUCUCCACACAAAUUCUCUACCGCUCGUUUCUCUGCUCCCGCCACAGCUCGAUCAGUAAAUAGUGCUCUCAGAAACAGAGGCAAAAGCAAAAUCAAUAGAGAAUCGAAUCAGAAGCAGAAGCAGAAAGCUGAGCUGUUAGUGAAGAGGCGAACGCGGUCGGAUAGAGAGCUCGACGAGGAGGUGUUCUCGAAGCACUAUGGGAAUGAGAGUUCUGCUGCGCAUGUCCCCGUCAUGCUCGGUGAAGUGCUCGACGCCUUCGCCUCCGUCUCCCUCAAAUCCUUCGUUGAUUGCACUCUCGGCGCCGGCGGCCACUCCGCUGCGAUUAUUCAGGCCCAUCCAGAAAUGGAGUUUUAUGUUGGAUUUGAUGUUGAUCCUGUUGCCCAUCAAAUAGCUCUGGAUCAGAUAAAUAAUGUAUUGGACAAAGAUUCAGGCCCCUCUAGAGCCCACUUACAAGUUCACACACUCUUGAAGAACUUCAAAAGUAUUAAGUCUGCACUUCAUGAUAUUGAUGGGAAUCGUUCUCCAGGAGUUCAAGGAAUCUUAAUGGACUUAGGCAUGUCAUCCAUGCAGGUCAACAACGCUGAAAGAGGAUUUAGUGUACUGUGUAAUGGACCUUUGGAUAUGCGGAUGAACCCCCAGGCUAGCUUAAAGGCCGAAGACAUUUUAAAUUUAUGGCCAGAUGCUGAAUUGGGUCGAAUUUUACGGGACUAUGGUGAAGAAAGCAAUUGGUUCACUCUCCACAAGAGAAUUGUCAGGGCUCGGUCGACUGGUGGAUUACAUACUACACGUGAACUAGUUGAGCUCAUUCGUAACUCAACUUCUUGGGCAGGAGGUAGGCAGGGAUGGAUUAAGACUGCAACGCGUGUCUUUCAAGCAUUGAGAAUAGCUGUGAACGAUGAACUUAACACGUUGAAGGAUUCCAUCAACUCUUGUUUUGAUUCCCUCGGUUCUGGAGGAAGGCUGGCUGUCAUAUCGUUCCAUAGCUUGGAAGACAGAAUCGUGAAACAGGCGUUUCUGGACAUCAUAAAUCGCUCUGAUGGUGGAGGUAAGCAUACGAACCAUUCUGAAAAACUGGAUUCCUACAAGGAAAAAGAAGCAUGGAUUAAGCAGAUUGUGCGAGGCCCCGAUGCCAAUAUCCUAACGAAGAGACCGGUAACUCCGUCCGAAUCUGAGGAGAGACUCAACCCGCGAAGUCGAAGUGCUAAACUUAGGGUAAUUGAGAAGAUCGAGUUGCUCAUCACACUCUCUCAAAGGGUUAUUUAUACUCAAAAUAUCAACAUGUCGAAUCUAGUAAAUCAGGCCGUAUGUGUUCCACUUUUAUCUAUUUAACGCGUAUUAUACGUAGAAACUCAA